AUCUAUGGGCGCCGGGCGGUUGAUGAGGCAGACAAAACUGAUCAAUUUUCUUUUGUUGCAUUGUGAAUGAGCCCAAGCUAGUAGAAAAGGAGUCAUCCGGACCUCGUCUGAAGUCCGGGCUCCUGCAGGCAGCAUUAUACCCAUCAAUACACAAACCCAAUCAACCCCAGCAACUUUCCGGGCCAUCGGACGAGCUGGUCCAUGGAGGCGGCCGUCGGCGUGGCGAGCUGGCUCCUCGGUAAGGUGUUGACGCAAUUGUCCAGUGACUUGGUGGCGGCGUACGUUGCCAGCACCGAGCUAGGCCUUAACGUGGAGGAGAUCAAAAGGGACCUCAAGUACACACAAGGGCUAUUGCACAUGGCCCAGGGGAGGAAGGACAUCAGGGACAACAUUGGCUUACAGGGCCUUCUGCAGGAUCUAAGCAAGAAAGCCGACGAGGCCGAGGAUGCAUUGGACGAGAUCCACUACUUCAUCAUCCAGGAUCAGAUUGAUGGCACCCAUGAGGUCAUACCGGAGGCAGAUGGUGGCCUCCGAGGUCAUGCCCUCCACGGCCGCCAUGCUCUUCGUCAUACUGCCGGUAACUGGUUUUCAUGCUUUUUUUGUUCUUCUGCACGAGCACGACAUGAUGCCGACGACUCGCAAGAUACAGCCAACUCCCAUGGUGACGUCAUUGACCAGGUUGGCAACUUGCCAUUCAAUCGAGUAGACAUGUCCAAUAAAAUCAAGUCAGUGGUAAAGGGCAUACAUGACUUGUGUACGUGUAUAUCUAGAUUGCUCCAAAUUAACCAAACUGCAGGAGAAUGGGAUACAUCCCUGGAGCGGCCUCCCACUAGCUCAACGAUUACGCAGGAUAAAUUGUUUGGGAGGGAAAUAAUCUUUAGACAAACUCUUCAUGACUUGACUAACUGCAAUAUUCCGAGUGGAACACUAUCGGUUUUGCCCAUAGUUGGCCCUGGAGGAAUUGGAAAAACAACUUUCGCCCAACACCUCUACAAUGACAAAAGAACAGAUGCCUACUUCCCUAUCAAGGUCUGGGUUUGUGUGUCUACUAAUUUCGAUGUGCUUAGGCUCACUCAGGAGAUCCUAAAGUGCAUACCUCACGAUAAAAGCGCGGGAAGCGAAGCGGUGCAUAACUCUUCCAAUUUGGAUCAGCUCCAAAAAGCUAUUGCAGAAAGAUUGAAAUCACAAAUGUUUUUACUUGUCUUGGAUGAUAUGUGGAAAUGCGGUAGUGAGGCAGAGUGGAAAAAUCUAGUAGCUCCAUUCACAAAAGGGGAAGCCAAAGGCAGCGUUAUUCUUGUCACAACUCGAUUUCCAUCUAUAGCACAAAUGUUGAAAACAACCGAGACAAUACAACUGCAGGGUCUCGAGGAUAGUGAAUUCUUCACAUUCUUUGAAGAGUGUAUAUUUGGUCAAGACAAACCUGAGUGUUACAAACGCGACUUGAUUGGUAUUGCGAAAGAAAUUUCAAAGAAAUUGAGAGGUUCCCCACUAGCAGCAAAAACUGUUGAUCGUUUAUUGAAGAACAACCUUUCCCAUGAAUGUUGGACAGAAGUUCUGGAAAUGGAUGAGUGGAAAAAUCUGCAAAGUAACGUUGACAUUAUGCCAGCACUAAAAAUUAGCUACGACUACCUUCCUUACUAUCUAAAAAAGUGUUUUUCGUAUUGCGCCCUUUACCCUGAGGACCACCGGUUUAAUAAUUUAGAAAUUACUUGUUUUUGGGAAGCAAUAGGCAUUAUAGAUUCUGGAUAUCAAAACGAUAGAGCUGAAGCAAUAGGAUUGAAGUAUUUGGAUGAGCUAAUAGGUAAUGGUUUCCUCAUGAAGGUAACUGAUCGCAAUAGUCAGUAUUAUGUAAUGCAUGAUUUGCUACAUGAGCUAGCACAAAAUGUUUCGUCACAAGAGUGCAUAAAUAUAGAGGAGUUUUACGGUACAAUAUACUUGCAAUAUAUACUUGCAGUAUAAAUAAUCUAACGGUGUGGAUUCAUCCAAUCUUCUUUUUACAGUAUAAACUAGCAUGGUGGCCCGUACAGAUUGUGCGGCUAGUAUCAUUAUAUUUUCUCUCAUAUAAUAGCACAUAUGUUUUCUCAUUAUAUUAUUCAAAUAUAUUAAAAU